UCCGGGACUACGAGCACGCGCAGUUUGAAGGCGCUUUCUUGAUCGGUUGGAGGAUGAAUCGUCGCGUUACGUCGUCCGAAUCCUCUCUGGCUCCUACCGGACGCGUCGUUCUGAAAACGAACACGAGAAUAUCACUCAGCGAUCGGUUUGAUCGCGUCGCCCAGCUGCGUGUUAGACAACGACAGGAGACACAGAGUGCAUCUCGAGGAGGUCGGUUUGCUGCUCAAUCUCAGAGACGACCGGGAUUACAAGUAACACGUGGAGGUAGUAUUAGAGCACGAGGUCGCGGUGCUGGCAAUCGUUUGAGAGGACGUGGAGGCUCAGCUGUCAGCGAGAGGGGAGGAACGAGAGGAAGAGGCACACGAAUUUUAAGAGGAACUAAUAGAGGGGGUCGCACAAGAGUUUCACGGGGAAGCAAUCAAGGAAGAGGCACAUCUGGAAGGGGACGAGGACGAGGACGAGGACGAGGACAGGGAGGAUUCAAUACGGGUAGAAAUGUGGGUAGAGGAAGGGGACAGGGAGUACGAGGUCGAGGUGGAAUGAGAGGUAGAGGUCGAGGGAGAGGAAGAGGGCAACGUGGACGAGGGCAGGGCAAAGACGUGUCUAGAGAAGAGUUGGAUUCUCAGCUAGAUCAGUACAUGUCAAAGAGUAAGGCAUCUCUGGAUGCAGAGCUGGACAAUUACAUGGCAAAUGCUGGACAGGAAUAACAAUGUCUUGUGCAGUGUAAUACUAUGUCUGGCUGUUAGUGUUGAACGCAAUAGACAUGGAUGUACGGGUUGCAUUCUUGAAAUGCCAUCUUAUACAUUGGAAAGUUUUUAAAAGUGAUUCAUUGCUAAUUUUCACAUUACCUUACAUUAGUAUUUACUGAGCAAUCAUUCUGGCAUUUCAUGAGCCUCAAUAUCAAACUUUGACGUUAUAGUUGUGUUUU